CACAGCUGAGAGUUGCGGCAGAUACAGGGCAUACAGUAGAACAGUCUCUUCAAUUACUUUCUUGCAGGGGCCAGAUUAUCCAGAUGAAAACUUGGCGAGACUUUAUGGAAGUCAGUAAAGUGGAGGAGAAACAUCGUCAUCACACACACACUCAAGAGAAGAGAAGAGGAAAAGAAAAAAGAGGGUCCAAAAUAUCUGCUGCCUCUCCUGUGUAUGCAAAGAGUUUCAGACAUAAAGCAAAUCUAACUAAUCACAAGAUGGUUCACACUGGAGAGAAACCACACACAUGUGAUCAGUGUGGAAAGAGUUUCACACGAAAAGAAACCCUUAAAAUACACAUAAGUGUUCACACUGAAGAGAAGCUGCACACAUGUGAUCAGUGUGGAAAGAGUUUCAAUAAUAAAGAAAACCUUAAGAGCCACAUGAGAGUUCACACUGUAGAGAAGCCGUACACAUGUGAUCAGUGUGGAAAGAGUUUCAAAGGAAAACAAUACCUUACAAAACACAUGAGAAUGCACACUGCAGAGAGACCAUACACAUGUGAUCUGUGUGGAAAGAGUUUUGCACGGCUGGAGAGUUUGAAAUUGCACCAGAAAAUACACACUGGUGUGAAAAAUUAUAUGUGUUUUGAUUGUGCAAAAACUUUUAUUACAGCAGGUGAACUGAAACAGCACCAGAUAAUUCACACUGGAGAAAAACACCACAAGUGUUCACAUUGUGACAAGAAAUUCUCUCGGUCAUCAACACUGAAAAGACAUGAGAGAAUCCACAAUGGAGUGAAACUGUACACAUGUGAUCAGUGUGGAAAAAGUUUCAAAUAUAAAGAAUCACUUAAGAUUCACACGAGAAUCCACACUGGAGAGAAGCCACACAAUUGCCACCAGUGUGGAAAGAGUUUUGCACAUCUGAACAAUUUUAAAAGGCACCAGAAAUUACACAACAGUGUGAAAGACCAUGUGUGCAUCGAGUGUAAGAAGGCUUUUACUACAGGCAACGACUUGAAACGACACAACAGAAUCCACACUAAUGGAAAACCUUACAAGUGUUCACACUGUGACAAGAGAUUCACUCAGUCAUCAACACUGAGAACACAUGAAAGAAUCCACACUGGAGAGAAACCGUACCACUGCCCUCCAUGUGAGAAGAGUUUCAGCCAAAUGAGUCAUCUACAAAGGCAUAUGAAAAGGCAUUAUAUAAAGCCUUUGUGUAAGUAA